GACAUAUCAAUCAUUAUUAUCACUAAUUUUGAUUCUUUAGUUAUCUUGGAUUCUACUCUACUUACUUAUUGACUCAUUGGUUCAACAUAAUACUUAGUCCAAUCCACCACCGACACACAAACAAACCACCAAACGAACCCAACGCAAAGAAACAAAGACAAAGACCCAACAAAAUGUCCUACCGCUCCUCCUCCUACACCACCACCUCCACCUCUUACUCCUCCUCCAACAACACCACCACCAACAAUAACAACAACAACCCCACAUCCAACACAAGCAACACCUUCUCGACCCAAAACACAACCUCAACCCCCUCCUCCACCCACCCCCAAACAACCGGCCACCGAUACGCAUCAACCUCCCACACAAACCCAUCCGGCGAAACAACCACUCGCUCCGGAUACCAGAAUCUAGGCGACGAUCCGAUAUUCCAAGAACGGAGGGUGGAUGGUGCGGGACGGGAGGAUUUGGAGAUGGAUGAGGGGGAUGUGGAUGAUUUUACGUAUUGA